AUGAGAAGGAGCAGUCUGUCGGGAUGCCCGCGCGCCGAUCGAUCCCAACUUCAGCCACACUCGCAAGAACUCAAAUGUCCGACACCGGGGUGCGAUGGCUCAGGACACGUCACUGGCAAUUACUCAUCACAUCGAUCCCUAUCCGGGUGUCCCAGAGCGAAUAAACCUAAGAGCAAACCCCGGGAUGGACAAGACUCUGAACCGCUUAGUGCAUCCGGAUGUCCGAUAGCAAAUCGAAACAAAAUGCGGGUAUUAGAAAGCGGAGGAACAGUGGAACAGCACAAAGCGGCAGUGGCAGCCGCCGCUUCAGCGAUAAAAUUCGACGGAGUAAACUGCCCCACCCCAGGUUGUGAUGGAUCCGGCCACAUCAACGGCUCCUUUCUAACCCACCGCUCGCUAUCCGGGUGCCCGGUAGCCGGCGCUGCGACACCCACGCCGCAGCCCAAAAAGGCCAAAUACCCAGAUGAUAUCACACCACUCUACCCAAAACCGUAUUCGAGCAUGGAUAUCAACAUGCAAACUGGCAACGGAGAGGAUCUUAUGACCCUCGAACAAGAAAUCACGGAGUUGCAGCGGGAAAACGCACGCGUGGAGUCCCAGAUGCUGCGCCUGAAGUCUGACAUAAAUGCCAUGGAGUCUCAUCUAAGUUCAGGGGAGCGGGAAAACCAGCUGAUGUCGCAGAGGAAUAAUAAUCUCAACGAAUACUACGAGAGUCUGAGAAAUAACGUGAUAACGUUGUUGGAGCACGUGAAGAUACCCGGCGGUGGAACCGCCCACGUCACAUCAGCGCCCGGUACGCCCGGGGCACCACCGCCACCUGGGCCCGGAGAGAAACCGGCACACGACAACUUCGACUCUUACCUGACGAAGUUACAGACUCUCUGCUCCCCUGACGGCUACUGCCCAGAUGAAAACCGGCCCAUUUAUGAAACCGUGAAAAACGCGCUCCAAGACUUCACAGUGUUGCCUACUCCAAUUUAA